CCAACGAGAACGUUCCUGUUCAGGUCACAUGACCUGGAAACAUGGCUGCUUCAGAAAGCUGAGAAAGCUAUCAGGCAAUAACAAUUAAAUUACUUUGAACAGCACAAGUACUUAUCUAUAGGAAGGCGUCGGUUUACCUUUACGGUAAAAUACCUUUUUAUAUUUUUAUUCACGUGGUAGCUUUAUGUGGCUCAGCUGUCCUGGUUAUAGUCCGGUUAUACACGCAGAAUAUACAUGUGCAGAAAUAAAGCGGGAGCCACAGAAUACGGAGUCUUCGCCAGAUACUGUCAGAUCCCCGUGUCUGGUAAAACGGCUGAAGGAAAUCUGGGAGCCUCGUGGGUAUGAAGUAGCUUUACCGUGUUUGCUGAAGUUCCUCUUUGCUGCUGGAGACCAUGAAACUGCGUGUCCAGCUGCAAUGCAAGAACCUGCAUGAAUAUCUGAAGGAGCUGAGUCCGGAGAUUUUGGACAGACUCUACAACCACCCAGCGACAUGCCUGGCUGUGUACAGGGAACUCCCCUCUCUGGCAAAGAAUUAUGUGAUGCGCAUGCUGUUCCUGGAUCAGCCUCUCCCCCAGGCAGCUGUGGCAUUGUGGGUAAAGAAAGACAGUCAGAAGGACCACGAUGAAUGUGUCUCAGUGUUGGCAGGUCUCCGCCUCUGGCACAGUCAGCAGCUGCAGGGUGGUCUGCAGGGAUACAUUUUAAAUCCGGUGUUUAAAGACAACCUGAAGACAGCUUUGCUCGGGGGGGGGCGAGCUUGGGCUGAUGAGGGGAGCACGCUCGGGCCUGACCGCCAUGCACGAGACAUUGAGAGUCUUGACCGCUACGCUAUGGAGCGCUGGGAGAUCAUCCUGCAGUUUAUGGUAGGUUCUCCCAGCGCUGUCAGCCAGGACCUGGCACAGCUUUUGGUUCAAGCAGGCCUCAUGAAAAGUGAAGCAGGAGAGGCGCCCUACAUCACCUCAGCUGGCUUCCAGUUCCUCCUUCUGGACACAGCCUCUCAGCUAUGGUACUUCACCUUGCAGUACCUCAAAACUGCUCAGUCCAGAGGGAUGGACCUGGUGGAGAUCUUGUCAUUCUUAUUCCAGCUCAGUUUCUCUAGUCUGGGCAGAGAUUACUCGGUGGAGGGUAUGAGCGAGUCAUUACUUACUUUUCUGCAGCACCUGCGAGAGUUUGGACUGGUGUUCCAAAGAAAGAGGAAGUCCAGGAGAUAUUAUCCCACCAGGCUGGCAAUCACUCUGGCUGCAGGAGUCACCAGCAGCUCCUCCGCCUCUAACCUGUCUUCCAGUCCUGGCACUGGAGAUGCAGGUUUCAUUGUGGUGGAAACCAAUUAUCGUAUCUAUGCCUACACAAAUUCAGAACUUCAGAUUGCUCUGGUGGCUCUCUUCAGUGAAAUGCUCUACCGCUUCCCCAAUGUAGUUGUUGCUCAGCUGACAAGGGAGUCUGUGCAACAGGCUAUCGCCAACGGGAUCACUGCACAGCAGAUUAUCCAUUUUCUGAGGACCAGAGCUCACCCUGUCAUGCUCACUCAGACCCCAGUACUGCCUCCAACUAUAACAGACCAGAUCAGACUGUGGGAGCUGGAGAGAGAUCGCCUGCAGUUCACAGAGGGUGUGCUCUAUAACCAGUUCCUCUCCCAGGCUGACUUUGAGGUUCUGCGAGACAGAGCUCAGGGCCUGGGCUGUCUGGUGUGGCAGGAUGUGGCCCACAGAGUGAUGGUGGUGACACCACAGGGACACAGCGAGGUCAAGAGGUUCUGGAAACGACAGCGAUCUCACACGUAAACGGAGGAGGAGAAAUGAGGCUUUUCUUGCUUUCCACUACCAUCACCGUUGUCAGUACGAUAGGAAAGUGAAGAUGACUUUGUAUUUUUUAUAACAUGCUAGCAUCUGAGUAUUAAACUGAACAGUUUCUGCUCAUGGUUUCCUUUUUGAGUAGCUGCGUGUAUCCUAUACUCAGAAUCAGGUUUUGAUUACUGAGUUCUUGAAGACACCCUUUGGACUCUAAAUACUACAAAGUACUGUGGAACAUCCACUGUAAGAAGGAUUGUGGCCUUUUAUAUUUUUGGGUUCAGAAUAAAAGUUGUUGAAUUAUA